AAUCAAUAUUUAUUUAUUCCAUUUUCUGCAAUCUUGACCACGUAGGACGAAAAUUGGCUGGAAUGGCAACUUUCUAAUUGGACCAAAGAGGCUGGCGAAUAGACCAUAGCAUGAAUAGCACUUACAAAUUUGAGCAGUUCCAUUUGUAUAGUUGGAAUAGAUUUAGACAUGGUCUUCAUUUGAAAGGCGUUUCUGCUUUGGAAGUAUUCAUUAUUCAAGGGCCUGUCUCAUGGUUGUAUCAUGUAUGAUGGAUAGAGAUAUGGAUCUUGAAAAGACACACCUAGUCAAGCAAAACUAAUGAAGAGCGGUUGUCUACCUAGGAGCGCUCGGCAUUUGUUAAUAGCGCCAGUUUCGUGAGUGCCUUGCAGGAGAUGAAACUGUUUUCACAUACCAGCUGUUUGAUGAUUUGCCUGUGAGAAGUGAGAACUACUCUCAUGAACCCAUUCCCGCCCACUUCCAAAUUUCCAACCCCUUUAUAUUUUUUAUAAAAUUGGACGAACCGCAAUGGCAUUCGUGUUGUUAAGGAGACGCAUCACCUCCUCGUCGAUUACAAAUUCUCAUUUUCUUUCAGGGGCUCGGAACUUUUGUUUGCGUGUCUCCACGUUUCUUGAUAAGGAAAAGGAAGCAACCCAAUCAGCGUUGGACGAUAACAGGAAGAUGUCAUUGGGAAAUUACUCUAGUGGGACUCAUCUUCCUUCAUUAUAUUCCCAUGGUGAACUGUAUCCUGAUGGUUAUGAUAUUGAGCUUGUGGAUACUGAUACUUGGCGGGUUUCGUCCGGUUUAGCCCAGGCAUGGCGAGAUGGACCAUCGGGAAGGAGAGUUGUGAAGGGAGCGGUUGAUGAGCAGAUUCAUGAAUCCCCUUCUUUUGAGGCCGACCUGGAUUUUGAUGAGAUUGAGGAUAUGAGGAUUUAUGGUAGUCUUUUUUACAAACUUGACAGGGACUCAAAAGAGUUUGAAGAGUACAAUUUGGACUUCCAUAGGAAGAAGUCUUCCAAGAAUAAGGGUGAUAAGAAAGAAAGCAAAAAGGAGAACCCAACUCAAAACUCACCUAAUAGUGAAAAAGUUCCAAAACUUCCAAAGGUUGUGAAGAGCAAAGAUCAUAUUUUUCUUCUUGAUGGAAGAGAUUCUUCUCUCGUUGAGAAGAAGCUAAGGACUCCCACUUUUAAUCAACUCACGGCCCCUUACCAUGAACCCUUUUGCCUGGACAUUUUCAUAUCAAAAGGGUCUGUCCGUGCCUGCAUCAUUCAUAGGGUCACCAGCAAGGUAGUGGCUGUGGCACAUUCAAUUUCUAAGGACAUGAAAUUUGACCUGACAUCAACGAGGAAUGUGACUGCCUGUGCUGCUGUGGGGAGAAUUCUAGCUCAGAGAGCAUUGGCUGAUGAUAUCCAUGACACGGUUUACACACCAAGGAAAGGGGAUAAGCUGGAAGGGAAGCUUCAGAUUGUGCUUCAGUCUAUCAUUGACAAUGGUGUUAAUGUAAAGGUGAAGCUUAAGCAGAGAAAAACCAAGAAAGCUAGUCAUCUACCACCUCACCAUAUGGUGCUGCACUGAUUGUCUGAUGAGAUGAGCCAUUUAUCUUAUAGGUUAUCAAGGACUGGACUGGAUUCAUGAACUGCAAUUUCUUGUUAAGAAUUUGAUUGAUUUGCGGCUAUGAUUCUAACACACAUUGAUGGAAUAAUAUGUUACCCUUGGAAUGAGACGCCACUGCAUCUAAUGAACAUAGCAAGCAGCCUCCCUCUACCACAUUUGUGUUGAAAUACAAGUAUAUAAUGAAUUUUAGGAUCAUCCACUCCUUUUUAGUUUACCAACAGAUUCAAAUAAUGGCCUCUUUAUAGUUUUGUAGUUAUAAAAUGAUACU